UAACGCGAUGCAUUCUCUCUUUGUGUUACAUAUUUAAAAAUGAAAGUUUCUCUGUGUAUCUGCACAUUUUUGGUUUUGUUGGGGUUCUGUGCUGCACAGACUGGGAAGAUAUCUGGAUUAUACAACAUCACAGUUAUCAGCAUGGAGAACUGCCCGGAUGGAGGCACCAACGAUAUUAUAUUCAAAACGACAAUCAGUAAAACCUCCAAGGACAGUGUGUGUUACAGUGGCUGGAUCUUCCUGCGGUAUGGGGUCCGUAAUGACAUGCACGAACACUGGGAGAUAUCGUCCCUAGGAAGUACUGGAGGCUGGAAGACCAAUUUCCUGACUUUCAACAACAAACACGGUUGUUUGGACACCAAACGACUGUUCCCUCAAUGGUUCAAAAUCUUCGAGGUCGCCAAGCUAAAUGACACUUCGUGUCCUAUCCCUAAAGGUAACUACUCGUUUGAUUGCCUGGAUCUAACCAAUCUCCAGUUCGAGAGAACUAAUGUGAUGAUAUACGGGACUUACAGAAUAACCACUACCUACUUCCUGAACAAAGUGAAGAUCGGGUGCACCACGUACCAAGGAAUCGUCUACCCCAGGGUCAAUGAGACCGAGACGACCAACUCUUCAACGUCGUCCCUAGUCUCUGGAGGUCUGCACACCAGUGGCAUGGGGAGGCCGAUACACCCACUACACAGGAUAUUUCCAUCCACCGUAUUCUAAUCGAAUUUGACAUCUUUGAUUUGUGGAAGGUUAAAAGAGCGCAAGUUUUGACAUGUUAUACAGUGGUAACACUUUAAUGAAAAUAGAAUCUCAUUAACACUCUUUAUAAAGCAUAGGACAAACAGAAAAAGUAUCCAUAUAUGAAGAAUGGUUUAACACGUUCAGAACGACGUGUACCUCAUCGUGUACACGCGGUUUUUGUAAAGUGCGUCGUGCACCAGAUAGGGUACACGUUGCUAUGCGUUUCAUUGUUGCGUUCUUAUUGUUAGCCUGUCUUGGCGGUUUGUUAAAAUAAAUAACUGAAACUAUCGUGUACCCCGUUGGCCGCAAGAUUUGCGUAAUUUUUUAACGUAAAUUAUUUUUUUAUUUACCCCUUGGGGUGCAUGGAGACAAAUUGGAAAAGCGUAAUUAAAUAAUUGUUUUUGUACAAAAUUUAGAUGCCUACAUACCUUUAUCGUUAUACUUAGACGUUUGACGUAAAAAAACUAGUACGGUUUUCUGCCAUUAUUAUUGAAAAAUUGAAGACAAAUAAAAAAAUUCCGGAAAAACUCUGACGUUAUGAACGUGUUAAAGAUCUACAUUGACAUUUCCAGAAACAGUUUUUCUGAACUUGAUACGUGCAAAAGUAAAUGCAUGGAAAGUAGUACAAUUUAUUGUUAAUUCUCUUACUAAAAUAACAUUAACUCGUACAUUGCAAAAAUGUAAUUUUCAAUACAGUUUUGUAUAUUUGAAAUUUUGUUAAAGUUGGAGAAUAAAAUGAUUAUAACACGAUAA